UCCACUCUGUUCUGAGAAGGACACAAGAGGGCCAACGCCUCUGUGCUGGCAGAUAAAAGGGUCAUAUACUGCACGCCGAGUUUCCACAGAGAAGAUCCACAGCAGUUACUGCUCAUCAUUCAUUUUUCAACUAAUCAAAAGGCAGAGUAUUAGUAACGGGAAAUCAGCUGAGAGUCUGAGGGAUCAGCCAUGCUCAGAGGAGUCCACACAGAUUUGUUGGUCACAGUGACUUUACUAUUCCUCUCCCAGACAGGGACUCGGUGCAGAGCUGAAAACUAUUUUUCAGUAGUCCCUUUACCAGAGUGGAGCACAAAUUCAGAAUAUGUUACACAGUGUUUCUACGACAGACAGAACAAUCUGAUUUGUGACUGGGCAAGGAGCCAACAAAGAACAGUGGACGUUACAGUGAAUAUUCUAGAGAGUGGUCCAUUGGCACUGGAGGGCGAAGCUUGUCUAGAGUUUUGGUACCAGUCCCCAGCUACAGCAAAUGGGUCUGAAGUUCGAGCUCUCCUGAAAAGCAGUGCGGGUCUCGCAGAAAUCUGGACCUCUCCUGCCCUCCCCCCAAAUUCAUGGAGACAAGUGUUUGUCCCCCUGAAAAUCAUCAAACCGGAGACUCGGGUUGUUCUUGAAGCAGCGUCCAUGGAGGGACAGAUCACAUUAAACAGGAUAGGUGUUAGAAGAGGCUUGUGCGGACCCCAGUGUGAAUCUCACACAGAGAUAUGGACCGAUGAGUCCACCCGCUGCCUCUGUUCUGAGGGCCAGCUCUCCUGCUCUCCCUCUCAGUGCCCUGCAGGCCAAAUCUGUGGUCCUCAAAGAGGAGGAUCCAAUGGUAUUUCCAGCAGUGGGACAUGCACUAUACACAGUCACACAGACUGCAGCACUUUCGAUGGACUGCUGUUCCGCUUCAUGGCACCUUGCACCUACAUACUGGCUAAGACCUGCUCACCAACUGAGGCUCUGCCCAUGUUCAGUGUGGAAGUGGUCAAUGAGCAGAACGGGAACUCAUCCCUGCCAGCUAUCCAGCAGGUUAAUGUGGACACUGGGAGCUUCAGAUUGUCCCUUUUGAAAAGGCAGACACAUCGGAUUGUGGUUAAUGGGGUCUGGAGGAAGCUUCCACUGAGCCUCGGCAGUGGUGCUGUCAAGAUCAAGAGUAACCCUGCUGCCGUUGAACUGGGAACCACUUUCGGGCUGUCUGUUUCAUAUGACAGUGCUGGGGCGGUACAUGUUGCCCUGCCAUCCGCAUACUCUGAUGAGGUCUGUGGCUUGUGUGGCAACUUUAACCGCCUCAGGGAAGAUGACUUCCGCAAGCCGGAUGGUACAAACGCCCAAGAUGCUACAGCUUUGGCUAAGAGCUGGCAGACUGGGCAAAGCACGUCCUCUUGUGAAACUAUUCUAGUCCCUCAUCAGUGUGAUCCACUGGAGGAGGCCGAGUACGCCAGCGAGUUGUACUGUGGACGCCUCCUCUCUAGCACUGGACCCUUUGCUGACUGCCAGUCAGUUCUGGGGGCAGAGAGUUACUUCCGAGGCUGCGUGGUCAGCAUGUGCUCUUCUCAUGGUGACCCAGCAGUUCUAUGUGAGACAUUAUGGGUCUACACUGAUGUCUGCAAUGAGGCUGGAGUUGCAUUACCCACAUGGAGGAACUCCACGUUCUGCCCCCUUCAGUGUUCUGAGAACAGCCACUAUAACUCAUGUGCUGAUGGCUGUCCCGAGGUGUGCUCCAGUCUGGAUUUGGGUGGCUCUUGUGGAAACUGUGAGGAACGAUGCGAGUGUGACUCAGGCUUCAAACUCAGUGGGGGAAAGUGUGUCCCAGCUGAGGAUUGUGGGUGCUGGUAUAAUGGGAAACACUAUGUGAAAGGAGCAACAUUUGUGGAAGGGGAGUGUGUGCAGCAGUGCCAAUGUAUGGGUAAUAAUGACAUGUGGUGCACCACAAUGCAAUGUGCAGACACCAAGGUUUGUACGGUCAGGGAUGGGGUUCAAGGCUGCUUCCCGUUCAAACCUGCCACCUGCAGAGUGUAUGGUGAUCCACACUACAUGACUUUUGACAGGGGGGCUUAUGACUUUCAAGGGGGCUGCAGUUACACACUGACCACAACAUGCGGGGAAGGAAGCUCAGUCCAGUUUACUGUAAUUGGACACAACAUGCAUCCUGCCCUUCAGAACUUCACCCGGUCCAAGCUGGAAGCUGUGACUCUGCAGGUCGAAGAUUUUUACCUCACCCUGAAUCAAAGUGGAGAGGUCUAUGUAAACAGCAGCCGUGUCCAACUCCCCUAUGCCACCAAUGGAACCUACGGCUCAGUAUGGGUCUACAUGAAGAAUAAUUUCAUUAUUUUGGAGACAGCCUUUGGCCUCAGAAUCAUUGUAGAUGGGCAGAACAGACUCUUUCUGCAGGUGGAUGAACGCUACAAAUAUGAACUGUGCGGACUAUGUGGCACCUACUCUGGAUACCAGGGCGAUGACUUCGUAACCCCAGGAGGAAAAAACGCGACAGAGACGUUUGAGUUUGGUGACAGCUGGAGGGUGCCAAACACUAUUGAGUGCGCUGCCUCUCCAAAUGACCCAAGACUCUGUGACUUUGACGAAGAGGAUCAGGCCUACAAUGAGUGUACCACACUACUGAAGGAUGCCUUCAGCCCCUGUCAUGAAGCCAUUCACCCAGACAUCUACCUCAAGAGUUGUGUGUACGACUAUUGUGCCACAAACGGUGACCAACACACCUUAUGUGAAUCUCUGAACUCCUAUGCAGCAGCAUGCCAGGUGGCAGGAGUGGAGCUGCCUCCCUGGCAGACAGACACAGCCUGUGCUGACACCCCAACCACUUCAACUGCUCCAACACCUUCAACUUCUCCAACACCAGAUCAGACUUUCUGUCCCAUGAACUGUGACUUUGAAAAAAAUCUCUGUGGGUGGGAGCAGCUCAUACAGGACAGUUUUGAUUGGACAAGACAUUCAGGACGCACACCCUCAGACCUAACUGGGCCAAAUGAGGACCACACCGCUGGAGCCGGUUUCUACGUAUACAUUGAGGGAAACCGUGUAAGCCAUGGAGACUCAGCUCGCCUGCUGAGUUCCAUGUGCCAUUAUAAUGGCCCACUCUGUCUGCACUUCUGGUAUCAUAUGUACGGUUCAGCUUCAGCAAUGGCCAUCAACAUUUACCUGCUCAAAGACAACAAAGCUACGAAGCUCUGGUCCAUGAUGAACAACCAGGGACCAAAAUGGCAUCCAGGACAUGUUGACAUCAGAGUGCCUGGUCCUUUCCAAAUCAUUGUAGAGGGAAUUCGAGGCUCUAAUGCUCAGUCAGAUGUGGCUAUAGAUGACGUUUCCAUCCACUUUGGCUCAUGCUCAGCUGCAUUCCCAGGCCUGGCUAUUGGAACAGAGCGUCCUUACACAACUGUGGAAGUCUUCCCAUCACACCCAGUCUGUAAUCUCGACUGUAGCUUCGACAGCAACCUUUGUAGCUGGAAUCAGAUGAUCACAGAUGCUUUUGACUGGACAUGGCAGAGUGGUUCCACACCCUCCCUGAUGACUGGGCCCUCUGCUGACCACACUGGUGAUGGUCGCUACCUGUAUAUUGAGGCCAGCAGUGUUACACAUGGAGAUACAGCUCGUCUCAUCAGCUCUGAGUGUUUGGACUCUGGUCCUCAAUGUUUGCAGUUCUGGUACCAUAUGUACGGCUCAGCAGAUACAAUGGGCCUCCAUGUUUACCUGCUCCAAAACAGAGUGGCUGAUGCUGUCUGGUGGAAGAGGAAUGACCAAGGAAAUAUGUGGCACCUGGCUCAGGUGGACGUGAUUACAACUGGAGCUUUCCAGAUCAUUUUUGAGGGGCGAAGAGGUUCCAAUGAUCAGUCUGAUGUGGCCAUAGAUGAUAUAUCCCUUCAUCGUGGACACUGUGGAGACCUGACUAAACCAACAACCCCUGCUCCUGAGCUGCCUCCAGCAAACAACUCAUCUACUACACAGCAGCCGACUAAAACUUCAUCAAAACUACAGCCAUCAUCAACAACUACAUUUACAACAACAACAACCACCACCACAGUUUUCUCAACAGACUCUGAUACACAAGCAUCUACAAACCCAUCAGCAACAACUGAGCCCCUAUACACUACAAAACCUGAUGUCCCAAUGACCACAAGACCUGAUGUCCCAAUAACCACAAGACCACAGCUAUCAAAUACAACAGCUAUAACUGGAACCCAAACCACAGCUGGACCACACCCAACUACAGAGCACUCAGGAGUUGAAACUUCAGAACAGCCAGAACCUGAGACCACAGAAAAGCCAGAAACCACCACGAUACCACAACCAUCAACCACAGAUAGACCUGAACUUUCCACAGCUCAACCUGAGUCACAAACAACAAGCACACCAAAACCUCCAACCUCUGCAGCUGGACCACAACCACCAACCACAGCUGGAGCAAAGCCUCCAACCACUACAGCUAGACCACAACAUCCAAACACAGCUGGACCACAACCUCCAAACAUAACUGGAUCACAACCUCCAAACACACCUGGACCACAACCUCCAACCACAGUUCAACCAAAACCUCCAAACACAACUCAACCUGAGUCACAAACAACAAGCACACCACAACCUCCAACCACUAAUCAACCACAGCCACAAACAACUAGUCUGCAAAAUUCAAUGACAGCUAGGCCACAACUUCCAACCACAAUGCAGCCAAACACAUUACCCACAGCUCCAUUGGAGUCACAAACAACAAGCACACCAAAACCUCAAACCUCUACAGCUCAACCCCAACCCCCAACCCCUACAGCUGGACCCCAACAUCCCAUCACAGCUAGACCACAAACUCCCAACACAAUGCAGCCAGAACCAUCAACCACAACUCAACCUGAGUCACAAACAACAAGCACACCAAAACCUCCAACCUCUGCAGCUGGACCACAACCACCAACCACAGCUGGACCAAAGCCUCCAACCACUACAGCUAGACCACAACAUCCAAACACAGCUGGACCACAACCUCCAACCACAGCUGGACCACAACCACCAACCACAGCAGGACCAAAGCCUCCAACCACUACAGCUAGACCACAACAUCCAAACACAGCUGGACCACAACCUUCAAACACAGCUGGACCACAUCAUUCAACCACAAUGCAGCCAGAACCAUCAACCACAACUCAACCUGAGUCACAAACAACAAGCACACCAAAACCUCCAACCUCUGCAGCUGGACCACAACCACCAACCACAGCUGGACCAAAGCCUCCAACCACUACAGCUAGACCACAACAUCCAAACACAGCUGGACCACACCCUCCAAACACAGCUGGACCACAGCCUUCAAACACAGCUGGACCACAUCAUUCAACCACAAUGCAGCCAGAACCAUCAACAACAACUCAACCUGAAUCACAAACAAAAAGUACACCACAACCUCCAACCACUACGCAAAUACAACCACUAACAAAAACUAGUCUUCAAACUCCAACAACAGCUAGACCACAACCACCAACCACUACAGCUAGGCCCAAACCUCCAUCCACUACAGCUAGACCACAACUUCCAACCUCAAUGCAGCCACAACCAUCAAACGCAACUCAACCCGAGUCACAAACAACAAGCACAUCACAACCUCAAACCUCUACUCAACCAAAGACACAAACAACAACUAAUCUUCAAUUUCCAACAACAAAAAGAACACAACCUCCAACCACAGCGAGACCACAACCUUCAACUGAAACACAAACAAGUACACCACAACCAUCAACCACAGCUCAGUCACUAACAACAAAUAGACCACAACCUCCAACCACAGUUAAACCCCACAAAACAACAGCUACACCACAGUCCACAACAACAUUGAGACCAGUACCCACGACAACCGCUAGAUCAGAACCCACCACAACCAUUAAACCACAUCCACCAACAGACAGACCUCAGUCUACUACAGCUACAGUUGCACCACAAUCUACAACAACUGCUAGACCCAAACCACCAACUACAGCUGUAUCAACACCCUCUUGCACAGAGAACAGUCACUACACAAGCUGUAUCCCUGCCUGUAGUCCAACUUGUGCAUACCUGAAUGGCCCACCACACUGCAGUGACAGUGACAGUUGUGUGCCGGGAUGUGUAUGUGAUGAGGGCUAUGUGCAGAAACGGCGCCGUUGUGUGCCUAUCCGAGAGUGUGGAUGUGUGGACAGUAAUGGCACCAAGCAUCAGUUCAAUGAAAUGUGGUAUACCAGUCACUGCAGUCAGAAAUGUGAAUGUGAGAAAGAUGACGGCAUGGGGAAGAUUGACUGCGAUGACAAAGAUGAAUGCGAUGGAAAUGCUGUCUGCCUUCAAAACAACAAGGGCGAAUACUACUGCAGGCCCACAGGCUUCAGUGAGUGUUCUAUAAAAGGAGACCCUGAGUACAGAACCUUUGAUAAAAUGAAGCAUGACUUUGAGGGUGAGCACUCGUAUGUGCUGGUGCGGACCAACAACUUGCCAAAUAAUCUUCCAGAUGUCUACAUCGAGGCCAUCAAUACACACAGAGGACACGAUGGCGAUGAUAGUCAGCAUCAUGGUGACAGUAGCAGUGAAGAAAACCGCAGGGUCAGGGAUGAAGAUGACAAUGAUGAAGAUGAAGAUGGCGAUGACGAUGAUGAUGAUGAUGAUGAUGAUAGCGAAGAGCAAGAGGAACACCACAGAUUACAAGAGCUUAAGAUCGUAGUGUACAAUCACACAGUGGAGUUAAAGAAGAAGCGAAGGCUGGUCGUGGAUGGAAGGAGAACUAAAAUGCCCGUCUCACCCAGUGCUGGUCUAAACAUCCGGCAACAUUCCUCUCACAUCUACCUGAGGACCGACUUUGGCCUCUCAGUGGAGUUUGAUGGACACAGUACAGCAGAGAUCAUUCUACCACACAUAUACAAAGGAAAAGUAGGGGGUCUGUGUGGGAACUUUGACAGUCAAAGGUGGAAUGACUGGAUGAAGCCAGAUGGCACCAGGGCCAGGAGCGUUCAAGAGUUUGGAGAGAGCUGGAGAGUGUAAAUAUCAGAGGGUGACACGGCACUUCAACAUACCACGGGGAGGUUUUUACCACAAGUAACAUUUAUUUGUCACUUCUUUCCACACUUCACAUUGAUCACUUCUGUCAACUUAGAAUAUGGAAACAAACCUAAGCUUCCAAACAUGACUUGGUCUAAACACCACUGUCUAGUUUUCUUUACUUCCAGCUUUAAGGGACAAACAAAGGGCAUCAUAGCCAAAGGACUUCCCUACUGCUCCUGCUUUUUGGGGAUUUUUGCAUCGUUUCAAUUAUCUCUUUGCAUGGCCUUUUUCAAGAAGUCUUUGUAAUCUGUGACAGCAUAUCAGCCGUUUUUGACAUCUUUCACAGUAAUAGCUACACCGAACAAAAGGUACAACAUAGUGUUUGAAUUUUGGGAAUGCAUGUCUUCCCAUUGAUUAAUCAUCAUUAUGUCAUACUGUUCAAAAAGGGUAAAAUGUGCAAUAAAUGAUUAUUGAAAACUGUG